AUGUCGUCUAUCAACGUAAAGCCAACCCUCAAGCUUGACACGUCGCAACAGAUGCCACCUCCAUCGAAUCCUGAAAACCCGAGACCUAUCCUCAAGCUCAAUACAGCAUCGCGACAACCUUCAUUCAGCGGCGAUGUUGGCACCCCUACACCAUCUGGAGAGAGUCGGAAAAUCAAGAUCAAGAUCAGUAGUCAACCAACUACACCAGCCGCUACACCCGUCGCCCAAACACCAACCUUAACCAAAUCCAAAGCCGGUAGGACGUCCAAGCCAACGCAGAAGCUUGUUGAGUCGAAGAAGCGCCACUAUGAUAGCGAUGAAGAUCGACCACUAUCCGUCACUCGGCAUGAAUCGAACCGGCCUAGCAAAACGAUUAAGAUUAGACCAACCAUAUCAAAGCCAGAUCGCGCAUCAAAUGUGGUAUCGACGCCUAUUAGCACCAUCAAGUUCAAGCCUAGAGGUGAACCUGUUCAACACCAUCCUGGAGAUGCUUACGACUCUGAAGCUAGCGACCGUGAGGUUGAUCCUGUCCGAGAAACUACAUUUAUUCUUCGCGUCCUGCCAGGAGCCGCGACAGAGUACUUGAAAAAGGCGUUGGCUGAAGGCACUAUCGGAUUGCCCAAGCAAAAUGGAGGCGCGGACUUUGGUGUUCAAUUUCUCGAUGCUAAGCAGCGACGAGCUAUGGUCACCAUCGACGGAACCCAUUACGCGGCAGUUCUUGUCCAACUACCGACCAUUACGGAGGCGAUGAAGUCUUGGGAUCGCAAAAACAUGAUGAAGAACUCUGAUAUUGUCGAGAUGCUUUUAUGUUUUGCAACUGUUAAGAGCGAAACUGAAGCCAAGACGAUCCCGCUUCCACCUAUGGCUGCUAAGAACGACUAUAAGUGGCCUCAUGGUCUUACUCCUCCCAUGCACGAUGCUGUCCAUCGACGAUUCAGAAAAACUGUAUCAGAAAAGCAGUGGCAGAGUACCGCUACUCAAGUAGCCAAACUACUCGAGGACGACGCGAGCGCAUUAGAAUCCCAUACUGAAAUCAUCCAAAAUGAGGACGACGACUCCGGAGAUUCCGACGACGAAGAAGAUGCUGAAGGUGAAGCUGAGGAGGACUAUUUUGGAGAUCAUGCAGGUGUUCAGGACGACAUGGAAGACGAUGCUGAAGACGAUGAGAUGUUGGCAGCCAUGGAAGCCGAGCUCGCAGAAAGCGGGAUGCAUCAUGAAGAGCCUACAGCGGCCACGCCAGCCAUGCAACUAGAAGCACAAACUCCUAUGACAGUCGAAGCGAAUACUCCCGCAGCCAUGCAAGAGAUUAUAUCAGAAGAAGAUGAAGAUGACGAUGACGACGAUGAAGAUAUGGAGGAUGGUGACGACGACGAUGUCGACGAGGAGCAGCUAGUGGCAGAGCGAGAACGCAAGGAAAAGCUUGACGAGAUUGAGCAUCUAAAGAAGUCGCUCGACGAGACCCUACGCCAACUCUCUGAAGUCACAGCGCCAAUCUUGAAGAAGCGUGUCCUUCUCACAAAGGCCAACCUUGAAAAGGAGAUUGCUGUCAAGAAAGCCGCUCUGGGCUUAACAGAUGAAGAUUGA